AGUCGUACCAAGGGUGUUGUGUGGCGUAUACCUCGUUACGAGUGCUCUUCCAAAACGGAUCGUCUGAAACGUACUAAAUUCUUCUCACUUUGUUGUUGAGUUAUUUAUACAUGCAGAUAAUGGAAGCGCUUUCGCAACGCGUGAGAGACGACAGUCCAGACAGCAAAAUGAAUGGGGAAUCAUCGACGUAUUACGACGCAAGUGAAUCGACGAACGUUGCGAUGACAACUGAGUCUGCCAUAUGUGAGCAUGCGUCAACAUUACCCAGUUGUGAUGACGAACCUUGGGGAGCUAUACGAAGGAACUUCGUCUAUGUAUCUCAACGUCUUCGUUUCAGUUCCAAGUUCCUCAGCUGUCUCUAUGAACGAAGUCUCAUAACCAGAGAUGACUUCCACGUUCUUGGCAGCGAGUCCGUAACUCACGAGGCCAAGGUGUCACUCCUCCUCAUUGACCUCCUUCCCAGGAAACCAUCUGAAAUGUUUCUUACAUUAUGCGAUAUAUUUCGUGUUGUCGGUCAAUCACAUGUUGCCCAGAGGCUGGAAAUGAAUCCUGUAAAAGUGCGAAGUGACUCUCGCCUGUCUCACAAAACCCGUACUGCAGAGUUACGAGAAUUACAAAGACAGAUAGACGAGCUGCAUGGUAGCAUCGCUAGAGUGGAAACUGAAAAAAGGGUAGCUGUGAAACGUGCGCAUAUGAUGGUCAUACAGGAGAGAACUAGGGCAGACAAUGCAAAGGCUAGAGCAGAUGCUGCCAACAGAAAAGCUGAAGUUGCAGAAAGUUUAGCACUUGCUGCAAGGAGGCAGAGAGUUGCUGCAGAAGCUGAAGUCCAAGUGGCCAAGAGUGACGCGCAGAAGGCAUGGAGGCAGUGUGUUGCUGCAGAAGCUAGAGCGCAACAGGCCGAGAUUGCUGCGCAGAAGAAAUGGACAAGAAGCAGCGGAAUUAUGUGGACUAAUUUGGCGUUAAAAAUAGCAGCAAAACGCGGCGAGCUGGUCAAAACCCAACCACCGUCGUCAUUGCCUGCCAACUGUAAGUAAAAAGAGAAACAUUUAUUAGUACAGCUACUGAGUAGUUGUGUUUGUAACUUACUAACACUAAACAUAUCACAGGCUUGUAGGCUGCUUUAUGAACGGGAGGGUUCAACUCGUGCCAGCCUAGUGUUGCAGCCCGCUCUUACAGACACACUCCGUAGAAGGAAGCCAAUGUGUGUCACUAACGUGCGUUAGUUCAUUCAGCUUGACGUAGCUUGCAUUUAGACUUGAGCCAGUCUCUCCCCGCCUUCGUCAUUCCCUGGAUUGUAAAUCCUCGCAAUCCGGGAAUGACGAAGGCGGGGAAAGACUGGCUCCCAAUCCGGGAAUGACGAAGA